CAAAGGACUAAGGACCAAGACAGCGGACACCCCUAACACAAACACGCCUCUUUCUUCUUCCCACUCGGCUGUUCCGCUGUCGGCAACUCGGCAUUCCUCUUUCCCCAAAUCAAAAGCAAACCCUAGCCGCCGCUACCACUGUUUUCACCACUCACCAGUUGGCCACUUCUGCCACCACCACUGCCGUCCUUCAAUUGAAGAGCCCUUUCUCUCCGAGUCCCAGUUUGUUGGCCAACGUUAGACUCAGCUACGGUAGACAUUUCAUCAGCUCCAUUGGUGGAGGGCCUCGCGAACAGGUAAUGGGCCUUGGUCAAUGCUAAGGCUCUAAGUUGGGCCCAAAACAAAUCACCUGUAACGGGCCUUUUAGCAAGCUCAGAGUGCAUUAUAUUAGACGGCAGCGGCAGAAUUGUGCCAUCGCGAAGUCGGGGACAACUUGACACGAGUGGAGGCAUUUCAGCAGAGAUCUUGGCGUGCUGUCAAAGGUGCUGAGAGCUAGCAAAUUGGAGGGGUGAAGGCUGUCUCAUUUUCAUUUAACUUGGUUAACAAGAUGCCAGGACAAAAGAUUGAGACUGGUCACCAGGAUACAGUGCAUGAUGUGGCAAUGGACUACUAUGGCAAGCGUCUUGCAACGGCUUCUUCAGAUAACACCAUUAAGAUAAUUGGUGUUAGUAACUCAAACUCGCAGCCUCUUGCAACUUUAAGCGGUCACCAAGGACCAGUAUGGCAAGUAGCAUGGGCACACCCCAAGUUUGGGUCCCUUGUUGCGUCAUGCUCCUAUGAUGGAAAAGUCAUAAUAUGGAGGGAAGGGAAUCAGAAUGAGUGGAGCCAGGCCCAUCUUUUCGGUGACCAUAAAGCUUCUGUGAAUUCUAUUGCAUGGGCUCCUCAUGAGCUGGGCCUUUGUUUGGCAUGUGGAUCCUCAGAUGGGAACAUAUCAAUUUUCACUGCGAGGUCUGAUGGCAGUUGGGAUACAUCCCAGAUUGACCAGGCUCACCCGGUUGGCGUUACCUCUGUCUCGUGGGCACCAUCAACAGGUCCCGGUGCUCUUGUAGGUUCUGGUGUGCUCGAUCCUGUUCAGAAGCUUGCCUCUGGAGGAUGUGAUAAUGCGGUGAAAGUGUGGAAGCUUUAUAACGGAAUCUGGAAGAUGGACUGCUUCCCAGCUCUUCAAAUGCAUACUGAUUGGGUAAGAGAUGUUGCAUGGGCACCCAAUUUGGGACUCCCAAAGUCAACAAUUGCUAGUGCUUCUCAAGAUGGAAGAGUUAUCAUAUGGACAGUGAUGAAGGAGGGUGAUCAAUGGGAGGGUAAAGUUUUGAAGGAUUUCAAGACCCCUGUUUGGAGAGUCUCAUGGUCACUGACAGGAAACAUACUUGCCGUGGCAGAUGGCAGUAACAACGUGACAUUGUGGAAGGAAGAAGUGGAUGGAGAGUGGCAGCAGGUGACAACAGUUUGACUUUUGAAUUUACCCAGACUUCUUCUCAGGCAGUAUCUCUUGUAAUUUCACAUAUAUGGUUCUAAUGUGCUUGGACUCCACGUAGUCUUUGACUUGUUAUGGACCAGAUCAUGAUGACGAGCCUUUGAGCUGAAUACUAACUAGAUAAGACUCUUUCUGCUUCUACCCUUGCGCACCGAAUAGUUUGCCGUCUCAAUUUCUGGCCAUUGUCAUAAGUUUUGCCUGCGGAGAACAGCUUCAUUGAUUCCUGUCUCCCAUCAACCACUGCGUGUGUGGAAAAAAAAAACACAUUUCCUG